AAAGAAUCACGCAAUCUUUCAUUUCUUUGUGGGAGAUACAUUGGUACGUCAACGUUAAAAGUCCUCUCGAUGAUUCUCAACUUAGCCGACGUCUACUAAUUUUUGGAUUUUUUAAAAACGAUCUAAAUAAAGAAUUUAAUUUUUCUUAUUCGUAUCAAAAACAUUCCAUGCAAUGGAAGAUAUAAAAAUUAUAAAAAAUCAAUCAACGAUUGAAGAACGAAAAAUCAUUUACGAAUGGAAAAUUAAUCAGUUUCUUUCAAUUACAAGUUCUCCCAUGAACUGUGCAAGCCCUGACAGUAUAAUCCAAUCACCAGUUUUUUCAACUAAUAAUAUACGUGGUGAUAGUUCAUGGCGUUUAAAAAUAUCUCAUCAACAAGAGGGUUUUGGUCGCAAUUGUUUAUACAUAUCUCUGACAUAUUGUGGUGGUCAUCAAAAAAUAAAAGCCAAAUAUUCAAUAUGUAUUAUUGAUAGUGAAAAAAACUGACAAUUUAUACGUGGAGAACAGGCAUAUCAAACUUUCGAAAUUCGUCGAGACUGUAAUGCUCACAAUGUCGUUGAAUCAACCCAUCACUAAACUUCGAUUAGGAGAAUCGAAACAAAUUGUCGACGAUUUAAAAGAUCUUUUUCAUAGUAAAGAAGGCAGUGAUGUUGUUCUAAUUGUGGGAGAUAAGAAAAUUCCAGCUCACAAAACUUUGCUGGUGAGUCGAAGCCCUGUAUUUUCUGCAAUGUUUAAACAUAAGCUGAAAGAAAACCAAGAAAAUGAAGUAGACAUUCCUGAUAUGGAUCCUGAUAUUUGUGAGAAACUGUUAGAAUUUAUUUAUACGGACAAUGUGACUGAUUUUGAUCAAUUUUUUGAACGUUUAUACGAACCGGCAGAUAAAUAUCAGAUACCAGCUCUUAAAAAGGUAUGCGAAGAAUUACUUUAUAAGAACGUAAAUGUUGAAAAUGCCGUUCAAUAUCUCGUUUUACUUGACCGUCAUAAUGCUGGUGAAGAAUUUUUUAACUAUAUACUUGAUUUCAUCGCAAUCAAUUCCAAGAAAAUUAUCGAAACCCCAGAAUUUAAAGCCUUGGAAAAAACUAAUACAGAAUUAUUAAUGACUAUAGUAACGAAAAUUUGCAGUAGCAAAUAAAAAAACAAGUACACAUUUAAAUUUUUUAAAACUUUAAUCAAAUAAAGUCAUAAAUUUAAAAAUGAAUUUUUGAAUUCUUUUAUUUCUGGGUAAUCCAAUACCACAACAUAUACUGGAUGUUU